CAAGUGGACUUCUCGACUUCAGCUUACCCUCACGGCGCCAUUUCAAUGGCGUCAUGCUCUGCCCUCCUCCUUUUCCGCAGGAACCGCUCCUUUCUCAGUCCUCUCACCUCACUCUCCUCGCACUUCUCUUCAGCUGCAGCCUUCUCUUCACCCUGCAAGCAGCCCCGCUUUACACUCCCUGAGCAGUCCCCUCCGCUGGCCAAGAAAGUCCCCUUCAAGGUCUCAGCGCAUGGAAGAACAUGGGAAGACCUCUACCGUUGGAUGUCCAACACGAACGACCCCGACUUCGUCCAGUACCUCCAAGAGGAGAACGCGUAUGCCGAAGCCUUCAUGGCGGACACUGUCGAUUUGCAAAAUAGACUGGUGUCCGAGAUGAGGAGCCGACUGCCCACCAAUAUUUCCACUCCCCCUGAGCGCUGGGGCCCCUGGUUAUACUACCAGUGCAUACCAGAGGGGAAAGAGUUCCCAGUUUUGUAUAGGAGGUUGGAGCCUGAUAAAGUCGGUUGGGCGGCUUCUGUUCUCAAUUACGUUAGAGGACAGACAGGGAGGGAGGAAAUCCUACUUGAUUGGAACGAAGUUGCUGAGCGUUAUGGUUAUGUACAUGUUGGUACAUGCCGAGUUUCACCUGACCAUAGAUUCCUUGCAUACACGCUUGAUACUACUGGAAGUGAAUGGUUCAAUCUCCAAGUUAAGGACCUUAGAACAGGAUGCAUUCUUCCAAAUCUUCAAGCUGAAGGAGUUGUUAGCCUUGCGUGGGCCCAAGAUAGUCGCACUCUAUUUUAUACACUUGCUGACAAGAACCAAAGACCUUACAGCGUUCUUUGCGCAAACAUAGGAGCAAGUAAUAAUUCUGAUGAUACCGUUGUAUUCACUGAAAGUGACUCAAGGUUUUGUGUGGAUAUUACUGCUACGAAAGAUGGCAAGUUCAUAACUGUGAACUCAAAUUCAAGGACUUCAUCCGAGGUUUAUUUGAUAGACGCAAUGAACCCACUUGGACAGUUGAGAAAAAUUCUUAAACGAAUGUCAGAUGUUCAGCUUUUUGUGGAGCAUCAUGAUGAGUUUUUCUAUGUUCUCACAAAUGCCCCUUUGAGUCAAAGUGUGGAAUGGAGUGGUGAAGGCUAUUACUUGGCACGUUGCUUAUUUGACAACAUAGAGUUAGCUAAGUUUCAGGAUGUCGUACUUCCAGGCGAGGAUAUGAGCUUUCAAGACAUGGAUGUUUUUAGUGGUUAUUUAGUGCUUUCCAUCUGUAAGGAGGGUUUGCCUAUGUUAUGCUCCAUCAGUUUGCCUUUUAAUCUUGACCGCAAGGCUCCAGUUGAACUUAAGGAGCUUAAUCCAUGGUUUUUUCCUAUGCCGUCAAAGCUGUGCACCAUCCUGCCUGGUUCAAAUCAUGAUUUCAUGAAUCCAGUAUAUCGUGCUGUGCUUUCUUCUCCAGUGAUGCCCGAUGUAAUCGUGGACUACGACUUGUCAAGAAGGAAGGUCUCCACAGUGCAUCAAGAGGAAGUACUCUGCGCUUCUGUCCUUAGUGGAUUAACCUCUUCUGAUGAUGCCGAAAAGCCUGUUGAUCCUUUAGCUUCAAAGAAAUCAAACAACACUGAUAUUCAAGAGGUUGAAAUGCAGAGGUGGAAGAGUGUCUCGGAAUCAUACUGCUGUGAGAGAAAGGAAGUCAUUUCCUAUGAUGGUGUAAGGAUACCUUUAACGAUCCUUUACUCUAAAGAAGCAUGGAGGCAAGGUCAAUCUCCUGGUCUUUUGCAUGGGUAUGGUGCUUAUGGUGAGGUGCUAGACAUAAGCUGGUGUCCAAAUCGCCUCAGUUUACUUGAUCGUGGUUGGCUCCUUGCAUUUGCCGAUGUGAGGGGUGGUGGUGGGUCUGAUUCUUCGUGGCAUAAAUCUGGCCGGGGCUUUGACAAAGAGAACUCGAUACACGACUUUGCUGCAUGUGGCAAGUACUUAGUUAAGGAGGGUCUCAUUCAUCAAGAUCAGCUCUGUGCUAUUGGAUAUAGUGCCGGCUGUAUUCUGAUGGGAGCAGCUAUAAAUAUGUACUCCGAUCUAUUUCGUGCCGUCAUUCUGAAGGUUCCGUUUCUCGAUAUAUGCAACACAUUAUUAGAUCCUACUCUGCCUCUUACAACAUUGGACUACGAAGAGUUUGGGAAUCCUCAGAUGCUGCCGCAGUUCGAGACCAUGAUGAGGUAUUCCCCCUACGACAACAUCCCAUCAGGUGGUUGCCAUCCUUCCACACUAGUCACCGCAUCAUUUCUUGACUCAAGGGUUGGAGUUUGGGAAGCUGCGAAAUGGGUGGCCAAAGUCAGAGAUUACAGGUGUUCAAGCUGUUCUCGUUCAGUUAUUUUGCGUACGGAUAUGGCAGCAGGGCAUUUUAGUGAAGGAGGCUACUCCCAACAUAUCGAGGAGACUGCCUAUGACUAUGCUUUUCUGAUGAAAGUUUUGUGCAAUCACUUAGUGCUGCAGACUCAGCUAAAUUUUAUCGCAAAUUGAGUCUCUGGAUGAAAAAGUAUCUCUUGACAUUUUUUUCAGGAUUACUUGGAUGAGGUAAUGAAAAGCUUGACCGGGGGCUCGAUUUUACACUGAAUGCAA